GAGCUGCUACUGAAAGCUAAACCAAGAACCAGGAAAUGCACAAGCCUCUUUCUGUGGAAAAACAGCUGGACUCCCUGGGAGACAGAGCACCAUGGGAAACCGGCUCUGCUGUGGGGGAAGCUGGAGAUGCCCAUCAAGUUUCCAGAGGAAAAAGAAAAUGGGGAACCACACAAGUUGGACACCAAAGCAGCAGCAGCAACAGCAGAGUUACACAAAGGGCCAUGCCACAGCGGGACAUACGUAUGAGCAACUGUUAAAGCAGCCUGCGUCUCAGGAGAGGAGUCAAGGUCUCAGGUCUGAGGACAGCAGCUUACAUUACGCAGACAUUCAAGUGUGCAGCGGUACCCAGCCACGCUCUGCCCAGGAGGUGAAGCACCUGCAAAUGGAAAAUGCCACAGAGUAUGCGAUCCUUUGCUUCCCCCAGGCCACACCCCGCUAUGAUAACAAGAAUGGGACCCUAGUGUGAGCCCUGGGGAGGGAGGACCUGUUUCAUCAUUUCAUCACUAGGGCUGUGGGGGAGAAUCUACUGCUUUGGGGGACUGGCUGGCAGCCCAGAGAUGGCAGACGUGUUUUAAGCUUAAAGAACUCCAGAGUCCCUGGAAUUGUGAGUGGCUCAAGUCUUGCUCUUUUCUCUAGACCUGUCUCUUAUUUGCUACCAUUAGCUUGGAGCUGUAUUUGAGUUACCUGGGGGUGGACGGAGUUCCACAAAAUGAGGGGUCUAGGUUGAGUGUGCAGGAAGGUAGGGUUCUGACCCCCCUACCUUUGCUCCUGCUCUCAAGAAAAGCGCAGAUAGAACAGGUUACCCUUGAAGCACCUGCACAUGAGCUAAUUUUAUUGGAGUUAAUUUGAUGGUAUCCCUUUUACACACCUUUAACUCCAAGGCUGAAGAAGAAGAGGUGCUCUGGAAAGCUUCUAGGGCUGGCCAGGGCAAUUUCCUCAGUGGCUGGGUCAAGGGUCCCAGACUUAAACAGACAAAUGAGGGCAGGGGCUGAGGAAGCGUGUUCUGACCAUCAGGUACAAGGACGUCAAAUCACCACUCAUAUCGACAGCACUGAGAGGCCCAGAAACUCCUCUUGGUUGGACUGUUUUCUCUUGCGGGUGCAGAGCCAUUAGGAUCAAUAAAUCACAUAAGGAA